GUCAAUGUGAUCAGCUGUGUCCAAUCACAGCUGAUCACAUGGGACAUGUACACUGAUCAUCAGGGCACUGAUGAUCAGUGUGGCCCCAAAAGUGCCACCUGUCAGUGUCCAUCAGUGCUCAUCAGUGCCACCUGCCAGUGCCCAUUAGUGCCACAUCAAUGCCACAUAUCAGUGCAUACCAGUGCCCAUCUGAGCUGCCUUUCAAUGUCACCCAUCAGUGCCAGUCAGUGCCACCUAUCAAUGCCAAUCAGUGCCGCCUGUCAGUGCCGCCUAUCAGUGCCAUAUAUCAGUGUCAUGUAUCAAUGCUGCCUUUCAGUGCCCAUCAGUGAUGCCUGUCAAUGCCCAUCAGUGCAACCUACC